GCUUCAUUAGCCCCAUCAAGUGUUCCUUCCCAGCCUAAGUCGCACAACAAGAGAGCGCGAAUGUAGCUUCGCGGUUGCUGCGCAGACACUGCCGCCAUGGAUGGUUCAUACGGGAAUGUCUUCCCUACCGGAAGGGUCAUGCCGCCGAGCGCAACGGCACCGAGCAACACCACCCAAUACAAGGUCAACGUGAACCGCCAGAAAACGAAGAAAUGGGCAAAUUUUAAACCACAAAACUACGACGGCGAUGACUGGGGCGACGAGUAUGACGAGCCAGCAUACGAACCGGAACCUCCCCCGCCGCCGAAACCCAUCGACCAACGACAUUCCCCAACCGCGAGACAAUUCCAGCCUCCCGGAUCGUUGCCUCUACGUACCCACACCGAACAGUUCCCGGCCGCGGCUCCGGUGAGACCGGGGCAGAAUCAGGCUGCGUCCGGUCCGUCAUCACUGCCCAGCAUGACCCAGCGGAGGGCAACCGAACCCAUAGGGCCCGCACCACACGAUGUCGCUGGACAUGCCCACCCGGCGUUCUCUCCUGACGGCAGGCGCGGCUCCGCUGCUCCCCAGAGUGCCCGCCCGCUCCCUUCGCAGCUGCGGCAAGCCGGCGCUAGCGCUCGACCAAGCGACAGCCCGAAGCCAUGGAUGGAGACAGGCUCGCCAUCCCCCUUAAGCGCACAAUCACCUGUCUCACCAAACAAACCGCUCCCGUUCGUUCGUCCGGCCGACGUCUAUCGACGGAUGGAGGAAGAGAGACAGAAGGAGCGGCGGUCGUCAGAAAGCCGUACACCAGGGGCUGGAAACUCAUCCGCAUCGGAAACCCGACGGCACGGAGAGGCACAAGCCCUGCAGCCUGCCAACGAGCUCGCUCCUAUUGCGGAAAGGAAAAGCGAGUACGGUAUCGAGGGAAUACUUGCCAGCUACAGGACUGAGGAGCCGGUCGUUCAGCCUGCCACGGCGCAGGAAGAGUUUCCCAUCGUCGGGUCAAGUCGAACGCGCCUCUGCUGAAUCUGCUGAACCUGCCGCUCCUGGUACAGUAGAUCCGCCAGGCAAAUCGGCCGAUAGCGCCACGCAUCGGAGCUUAGCUACAAUCACAGAACGGGCCUCAGGCUCUGAGGAGAGAAUAUCACAACCCGUGCCUGAUGCAUCGCCCUCGCCGCCCAACGGGCCC